AUUGUUAAAAGAAAACAUUCUUAACAUUCCAACAAAGUACACAUGUGUUUCUAAUGUAUACUAUAUUAACUUUUCUAUGUUAAAAUCCAAAUUUUAAACAAUGAAUUCCUCAAUUUUUUUCUCACUGAAACCAAGAAAAUUUUUCUCUUUACCAAAAAUCCCUUCAGGGUCUGUUUUAUGUCGGAAACGACUUCAACUGCCAUCACCGCAUGCUUCAAAAAGACUAUGCACCGAAAAUAAGCCAGGACAUAUACACACAGACCCAAAACAAGAUUAUGAGAAGUUGAAACAUGACAGACCAAACCAAUGAGGAUAGUACAACCGAUGUGAUCAGAAAGCUCAAUUGCAGGAAGUUAACAAAAGUGAACAUAUAAAAUUAAUUUAUCCAGCUCCUGUAAUUUUUUGGAAGAAGGUACAGGAGUUUUUGGAAAAACAUUUCUCAGAUGAGCCAUUUUAUCAAAUGUUUAAAGUUCAAUCAAGCCCCGAUGUUUGCCUGGACAAGCGGGAGGCAAUAUCUGAAACGUUACGAAAUAACGUGUCUGUGAUUGCUGUCGAAUGCUCUUCAGGAAAGUUAGUAGGAGUUUCGCUGAAUGGAGUUCUGUACGAAAAAGACUUAGAAAAGCCUAUGUACUUUCAUAAUAAGAAACUGGCAAAAAUUUCAGAAAUUAUUAUGGAUAUUAAUAAAGAGUGCGACACGUUUAAAAGAUUUUGUGUAAGUGAAAUAUUCGAAUGUAGAAGUCUGGCGGUACAUAAAGAAUACAGGGGUUUAGGCCUUGGAGGGAAAAUUCUCAAAAAGAGCGAAAAAGAAGCAAAAAAGGCCGGAUAUAAAGUCAUGAAGACUGAAGCCACGAGCACCUACACGUAUAAAAUCCUUCGGAAACUAAAUCACGAAGUGAUUUUAGAAAAGAAAUACUCAGAUUUUUUAACAUAUGAAAAAACACUAAUGGAUAUCGAACAUCUCCCUGAGCAUACACACAUAAGGAUUAUGGUGAAAGAAUUCAACUAAACCUACCUUUUUGGACAGAGUAUACAGUUGUUCUGACACCAAUAUUAAAAUAAUUAUAUUUAUGGGACCUACAAAAAA